GAUUUCGAGCUUUUGUACUCGUCUUUUUUUCCCUCUCUCUCUAUCUCUCCCACUCCUUCCGGCGCCGGGGAGAGCAAUCAGCCAUGGCGAAGCCGACCUCGCUCUGGAUCUCCUUCUUCCUUCUCUCUCUCCUCUUCGCCUCUCUUUCUCACUCCUAUGUUGUUGCUGAUUCCCACUUCGAAGGAUUCGAACCAGAACUCGAUGACUUCGAAGAUGACGAAAUUUCUCUCCCCCUCACACAGUCGGAGCCACAGCCUGCCGGAAUUUCUUCACAGGAUCACGAUUCCGAUGCACAGGAUCCGGUGGACGAGCCGUCGGAUCCUCCAUCUCCACAGUCCGUCUCCGAUUCUCCGAAGCCGUCUCCGACUACCUUCAAUUACUGGGACGAGGACGAAUUCGAAGGAUUGCCGAUUGAACAGCCACGAGAACCGGCGCAAGAGAGCUCCAAAUCUGCGGAGGAUUCAGCCUCCGCCAAUCCCAACUCUGAUCCAAAACCUACCUCUCCGAUUCCGAUUCCUGCGAGUGCUCCGAAGUCGUAUACUAUUGAAAUCAUAUGCGGAUCUUUCUUGGUGAUUUUUGUGAUCAACUAUUUUACUGGGAAGCGCGAGAACGAGAACAUCGCGCUCUCGUGGGCUGCGAAAUUCGCGACUAAGGACUCCAUUUUCGAGAAGAACUUUAGUCUGUUGGGUGUGGGGGAAGGCGAUGACUCGCCUUUGCUAUUGAAAGAGGGACAGAAUGUCUUCAAAUUCUAUGCUAGUGGGCGAAGGUAUUGCCAAGGGUUGUUGGCAACAAUGGAGUUGAAGAGCCGACACGAUUUGAUCUCGAGGUUGUAUAAUAUGGUGGUGCCGUGUAAGGAUGAAAUUAGCUUCGAGGUCUAUAUGAACGAUGAUGCGAUGGAUCAUGUUAUCUUUGCGGUGGCUAGGAAGAAAGCUGCCAAAGGAAUGCAAAAGGAUUUGAAGGAUUUGCAAAGAUUUGCUGGGAUUUUGACCCCUCCCAGUGGCAGAAAAUGGGUGCCCGAAGAGUUGAGUGUUAUUUCAGAAUCGAAGGAAGUUGCUGCUGAUUUGAUCACAGAGGCCGUUCUUGACCAGGUUUUUGGCGAAAAAUCUUUUGAGAAAUUUGGGAAGUAUUUCAUCUUGAUGCACUUCUCUGAUCAGCUUCCGGGCAUGCACAAGAAGAUGCUUCUAUUCAAGUUUGCCCUCCCAGAUGCCAAUAACAUGGCAGAUAUUUCUCGUCUGGUAGCUCUUGUACCCUAUUACAUCGAUGCCAUUGGACGCUAUAAGCUCAGUUCUCAGGCCCGGUCAAAAACCGAAGCUGCCAGGUCGAAGGCUGCUCAAGAGGCAUACAGAGAGCUUCAAAAUGCCAGGCAAGAAGCCCUGCAGAAGAGGAAGGCACAGAAGAAGAAACUGAUGGAAGAGGCUGAGGCCAAGUUAAGUGCUGAGGCUCUUCGACGGAAGGAGGCAAAAGACCGUGCCAAGCAGAUGAAGAAAGCAAUGCCAAAGAUAAAGAUGAGCCGCACUCGUUAAUGACUCGGUCCUUUCCCAAUCAAGAACUGGCCUCUUCUUCACCUGGCUUUCUAGUGUUGUUUCGGAGCUCAGCUGGGUUACCUGAUUUCAUUGGAAAUUUUGAUUAUCAGGGUAGUGGACCAUGUACUUUUAGAUUGCAUUACACUAGCAGCUCUUCAUUGCAUAAUAACAAUUCUAUAGAAACUAGCCUCUGUUUUUGCUGAUUUAAAUCUCUUUCCUCUUUUGUUGUAGCUUUCUACCUGUGGUGUCUUUUUAGUCACCUGUGGGAUCUGGCUGAAUAGGAACUUUACCGAACUGUAAUGUUGGAAGUUUACCCAAUGAUGAAUUAUAAACUUCUGUUGAGACGACCAUAUGGUUGUGUAUUUUAAAGAAAACUUCACUAGAUGUGAUGAUCUUGAGAA